CUAGCUUGCCUGCCAGUGAGAGUAAUGCCUUCCAGUUUGUCUUUCACUCUGUUAGUCAGUCAUUCCCUUUCAGUUAGAGUUGAGGCAAUCAACGAAGCCUACCCGGUUCUAUAGUAAGUCAGCACCCAGGAGAUAUCGUAAGCAAGGGUUUAGAGUCAUUCACUGUUGCUAGAGCUAUUAAUGGAAGCUAACCCUCUAGUUCCCCGGGAUAAAAUAGUUCUUGCCCUACCCUGUCUUCAGAAAGUAGUAAGCAAGCCUAUGAGUCAGUCCGUCCGGUGCAAUAGUCAGAAUGAAUCCCACGUGCUAGCAAAAGAGCAAAGGAAGCGCGAGACGAAGCAGCUAACCUAUAGGAGUAGGAGUCAGCCUAUGAGCCGAGGAGUCAGGGAAGAAGGGGAAUCAGAGAGAUUUGCAGCCUUCCUCGCAGCCACAUCCGAACGCGAUCCGGCCAUCCAUAAAAAGCGAGAGAAGUGAUCUCCAUUGCGAGUUGUAACCAACAUGGGGAUAGCGAGCAGAGAUGCACGAGAGGAAUGAGGAAUUCUAGUAAGUUGGUCUCAUUCUCGUUUUGUCAAUUCUCUUCGUUGGUCAUGAGAAAUCAAAAGAAAAGGGCGAGAUUGCGUCUUUGGAAGAGGUCGAAACAUAAAGGUCAAGAAGAAUCCUGAGUAGUUUCCUUAAAUGAACGUAGCAGCGGUAA